AAGGUGCUGGGCCCAGGUACGGGCUCCUCUUUGCACGGAGGACAGCGAAGUCUGAACACUGGACAGGGUUGGAUAACCUUUGGAGUGCCCGGCCCAGUCGAAGCAGGGGAGGGUUUGGGAAGGCUGUCCUUGGCCUGCUUCGGCUUCUUCUGGCCUUCCCUGUAGUUACACCUGUUUUCUCUCAGUGUGCGUUAGUUGUUGUCAUAGGGUUGCUACUGCUUUACCAUUUAAAAACAGCAACAACGAAUCCGAUUUUAAAAAGCACGAGGCAGAAAUUCAACAGGUGAAACAAUCACUCCACAACUAUGGAGAAUGAACCAAGCACAACAACAUCUUCCACAUGCACAACAACCAUCACCACUACAUCUUCCCCCUCCCGUACACAGCCACCUCAGAUAUCUGUUUAUAGUGGUUCAGAUCGACAUGCAGUGCAGGUUAUUCAGCAGGCCUUGCAUCGUCCCCCUAGCUCAGCAGCACAGUACCUUCAGCAGAUGUACGCAGCACAACAGCAGCAUCUAAUGUUACAGACUGCUGCUUUGCAGCAGCAGCAUUUGAGCAGCACUCAGUUCCAGAGUCUGGCCAGUGUUCCACAGGCAAACCUGUCAGGUGGGAGGCAGUGUGCAUCCCCCAAUGGCAGUGUCACACAGCAGUCGAGCAUGUCAGAGACAUCGAUUAAUCUCUCUGCUUCUCCUACACCUGCGCAGCUAAUAAGCCGUUCACAGACCUCCAACACUAGUAGCAGCAGUCUUACCCAACAGACCAUGUUACUGGGGAGCACCUCCCCAACUCUGACUGCAAGCCAGGCUCAGAUGUACCUCCGAGCUCAAAUGCUGAUUUUUACACCUGCUACCACUGUGGCGGCUGUCCAGUCUGACAUUCCUGUUGUCUCAUCAUCAUCUUCGUUUCCCUGUCAGUCUGCAGCUACUCAGGUCCAGAAUUUGACAUUGCGCAGCCAGAAGUUGGGAGUAUUGUCUAGUUCACAGAAUGGUUCUCCCAAAAGCAGCAGUCAAACCCAGACACUAGCUGUGUGCCCUAAUAAACCUGUAACCAGUACCAAAGCCAGCCAGUCAGAUCCUCUAGAAAGCAAAAGAAAAGGAGAUAGCCCAACUGCAGAGCCUCGAAGUCCAGCUGUUACACGUACAUCAAGUAUUCAUCAACUAAUAGCACCAGCUUCAUAUUCCCCAAUUCAUCCUCAUCCUUUGUUAAAGCACCAGCACUCCCCUCUUCAUUCACCAUCUUCAAAAAUUUCCCAUCAUCAGUUAAUCUUUCAACAGCAGCAAGUCCAACCAAUCACACUCCAGCUUCCUCCCAAUCAAGAAGCAUCAUCGCAACACUGUGUACCACUCCAAGGCCAUGCUCUUCCUCCAGCUUCCAGCAGUGCUCCCUCACAGCACUGUACACCUGUUCACAUCCAUCCUCCUCCUCCACUGUCUCCAACUCCAUCCCAGUCCUCACAGCAAUCAGUGGUGGUAUCUCCCCCACCACCUCCUUCACCCAGCCAGUCACCUACAAUAAUUAUUCACCCCCAAGCUCUUAUUCCAUCACAAUCACAUUCAUUAGCAUCGUCAGCACUUCAGAAUGAACAUAACCCAGCACAGGCUAAUGAUAGUCCAACAGAAACAGUAUCACAGCCAAUGAAUCUUCCACCCCAGCUCCCACCUUCCCCAGUUGUGCACAUUGGGACAACAGAUCAUCCUGUGAUGAUAUCCACGGGCCAACAGAUAACAUCGCCAACACCACAACAGUAUCCAGCUUUGCAACCCACACCAAUCCCAGUUGCAACCUCGCCACAGUUGUCAACAUCUCCAACCCACAGUCAGCCACUCCCCCUACCACCUGUUCAGUCUUUACAAGUACAGCCUGAAAUUUUAUCCCAGGGUCAGGUUUUGGUGCAGAAUACUUUGGUUUCUGAGGAAGAGCUUCCUGCUGCUGAAGCGCUGGUCCAGCUUCCAUUUCAGACUCUUCCCCCACCCCAGACAGUUGCAGUAAACCUUCAAGUACAACCAGCAAUACCUGUUGAGACCCCAGUGAUUUACCAAGUGGAAGACAUGUGUGAGGAGGAGAUGCCAGAGGAAUCAGAAUGUGUCCGUAUGGCUAGGACCCCCACCCCACCAACUUUGUCACCACCAGCGAUCACUUUACAAAACAGAGAAGAGCUUACUUAUGAAGAGCCUUUUUCAGAACAAGAGGGACAUCCUUCAGUGGCCUCAUCAGUCAGCGCUUCUGUAAUUAAAUCAUCAUCAGACCCUUCACAUGCCUCUAUUCCACCACCACCUCUCUUGCUUCCAGCAGUCGCAACAAGGAGUAACAGCGCUUCAAUGUCUAAUAGGAACCCUAGUGUAGAAAACAAACCUCCACAGGCUAUCGUUAAGCCACAAAUCCUGACCCAUGUUAUUGAGGGCUUUGUGAUCCAAGAGGGGUUAGAGCCAUUUCCUGUAAGUUGUUCAUCUCUUCUGGUUGAGCAGCCUGCAAAAAAAAGACUUCUGGUGGAGGGCCAGGUGAUGGGUGUUGUGUGUGUUGAGCCAGAGCUACCGAACAAUGCAAAACAUGCAGACAACUCCUCAGACUCAGAGGUGGAGGACAUAAUUACUGAAGAGGGACUAGAUGAGAUGGAAACUGAUCUCCUUAAGUGCGAGUUUUGUGGGAAAAUGGGAUAUGCAAACAAGUUCCUGCGGUCAAAGCGCUUCUGCACCAUGUCUUGUGCCAAGAGAUACAAUGUCAGUUGCAGUAAGAAAUUUGGACUAUAUGCAUCAGGCAAGAGCGGUCGUUGGAGCCGACGCCAGCCAAGUGGCUCGGAUGGAGCUCCAAGGGAACACUUCCUUAGACAGCUUCCAAUUACUUAUCCAUCUGCAGAAGAAGACUUGGCUUCUCAGGAAGAUAAUGUGCCAGUUGCCAUGACCACUCGCCUGCGGAGGCAAAGUGAGAGGGAAAGAGAGCGUGAGCUUAGGGAACUGAGAAUUAGAAAGACAACAGAAAUGGAUUUGCUACCAGCCGUGCAAUCUGACCCAUCAAUAUGGACGGUUGAAGACGUUUGGGCCUUCAUACAUUCUUUGCCUGGUUGUCAGGAUAUUGCUGAUGAAUUUCGAGCCCAGGAGAUUGAUGGGCAAGCUCUUCUCUUACUAAAAGAGGAUCAUCUUAUGAGUGCAAUGAAUAUUAAGCUAGGACCUGCACUGAAAAUUUGUGCACGGAUCAAUUCCUUGAAGGAAUCAUAGUGGAAAACUAAGCUUUAAACAACUUCCACCAGACUUGUAAAGUAAUAAGCCAGGAUCUUAGCUUUUGGUGUGGUUAUUACUGCUGUAAUUUGCUAAGUAUCUUUUUCCACAUAGACUGUUGGAAGUGCAUAUUUAAUGUUAUCUUCCAAACCUUCCAGUGGUUAUCCAGCUUAUCAAGGAGCAUAAGCUGUGUUGGCAAAUGGUUGUAGUCAAAAGCGAGGGUGGUGGUGAGGUAGUCAGUGAAAACCUCUAUGAAGUGUUUGUAAUAUGUUGUGGGUGGUGUUUAUUCCAAAAAAGGCAGUUAUUUACCAUACAGGAUUUAAGCUUUUUUUAAAUAUAUAUAUAACCUUGAUUACAGUUUUAAAUUGUGUUUCUAUACACUUUUUUUCAUUUGUAGAAAGCUUUUUAAGAAUAUGGAUUAACAGAAGAGUCCACAGAGUAUGUGGAAGCAUUGAUUAUGGUAAAAUGCUAUGCAUUUAAUUGUGCUUUUUGAGUUUCAAUUAAUCUUGAGCGUACAGAUUGAAGGGAACUUGCAACUGGCUCCUUCUUCUCUCAUAAGCCUACAGCUCACCCACCAUUAUAGUAUUUUCUUUAAAUGCGGAAGCUCUUCCGUAAACAUGAGAGACAUUUUGUGAAUGCAGUAGACCUUUCAUUAUCAGACUAUUGGUCAUCUGAAUUCUACAUGUCCUCUGCGUCAGUAUAAGCAGCACUCCUGUGUAUACAAAUGAAUGUUUUUUUGGCGGGGGGUGGGUGCGUGCAUUCUUGGUAGAUGGGAUUGUACAGCGAGUCUGAUGCACAUAGUGGUAAAGCUGCUGAGAGCUGGAAUGGUAUGGCACCCUUCCCAGAGAGUACUAAAAGCACAUACAUUAUGUUGAUUCUUUGUAUGCUGCUAUGCACUGAAGAGGGCAUUAUGUUGCUAUCCUUCUAGUUUUUCUUGCUGCUAGUUAAGAUAGACCAAAGGAGUACAUGCACACCUAUCCACUCACUGGUAAGAUGGAAGCCCUGUGCCAUCAAUGAGCUGGUGUGCAGCUCCAAUUUAUUGAAUGGCCCUAAAGAGCAGAUUGAAUCUGCAGAUGUUUCUGGACUUUGCUCCCCCCCCGCCCCCGCAUAAUUCUCUUGUCUCUCCUCCUCCUCCUCGUUUCUCCCAGCAGAUAUUCUGCUGGAUGCUGCUAGGGAUGUUGUUCUUCCAUACCCUUUUUGAAUUAAGCACUUUUUUGAAAUUACAAUGGCUUGAGCACCAACCUUUUUUCCACAGCCCAGUGUUACCUGCAAAAGCUAUUCAUCUUAUGAUGGGAACCCCCAAACCAAAGGCACUAAAGUAUUAAGUAUUUGGGUGUUGGUUUAUACAGUAUCUGUUUAAGCUUUAGCAUCAAAGAUUGGAAGAUUCUUUGACCUCCAUUCCAUUAACUGGUUAAACGACAUGAGGCCCAAUUAAUUGAUGAGAACUUCCCAUUAGCAAGCACAACUGACAUGAGUGGCAGUUUGACAAGUCUGUGGAGUUUCAAUUUAUUUCAAUGGAGCUGGGACAGAAGAAACGCCCAAUAGAUUAUGACUGACACUUAACUGAAUGUGAAUCUUCCAGUGCAUUGCCUAUGUUCAUUUCAGAUAUAACGUGGUUUUCAUUAAUAAUAUGAAUGUCUUAAGACAGGUUUUCCCCUUGGCAAUUUUUUACCAGAUGGUUAGGCACUGAGUAACUGACAAAUGCAAUAGUAAAUAAUACAAUUAUAGCUCUGUUCCUUUGAGUGGAAAUCAGAGAACCCCUCCCUUUUUUGAAAUUUAUUAUUUCUUGGUUAACACGUCUUUUGCUUUUGUACAUUAACAAUUUACUUGCUUGUUUAAAGGCAUUUUAGAAUUAGCAAAUAAUUUAGACUUGCAUGGUGUGAUAAUGGUUAUUUUAAUCCAGAAAUUGGGGACACUUUAGAAAGGUGUUUCUAGCUGUUAUAGUGAUAUAUACUGAUGACCUCUCAACACUAGUAACUGUUGAGAGGUCAUCAGAAGCUCAAAAUAAUUCAGUUCCUUACAGAGUUAAGAAGAGCUAACAAAUAUUUACAAGUGACAUAUGUAAGUAAAAAAAAAUUCAAGUAUUUCAAAGUUUGCAUCAUUCUUCAACCCCUCAUGGCAGGAACAUGCAAAUAUGCGAUCGAAUGCCAUGUGGCCAAAGCUGCCACCACAUUCUGUGAACUGCUUCUUAGCCUGACAUGUGUUUGGGAGCAACUAAUUGCAAAUCAAUAUUAGUGAAAGUUGUUUUUUUUCCAAAGCACAAUUGGAGGAUUUUGAAAUUAGGAGUAUAUCUUCAGCACUUCUUUGGCACAUGGUGAGAAAUAAAUGAUUCCAUUCAAUCCAUGUUGCAUUUAAAUGGAAAUAUUUAAACCAGUUUAUUCCACUUCAGAGAGAUUAAAGCUGUUUGUCGUAUGCACAUUUCCUUGGGAGUGUCAAUGCAUUUAGUGGCUGACAUUCUAAUGGUGUGCAUGUGCUUCUAACAAAAGCGCAUGCACAGCACUAGCCUCCCUGUUUCCGAAGUGUGGGUGCUCUUGCACAAGAAUGCAACAAUUCUCUCCAUUAGCCCUUUGUUCCAGACAUACUCUUAAAGAAUGGAAACAUGUACCUAAAUUUUGUGCAUUUGCCAUGAGUUGGAGAGUGGUGAAUAUCACCGCACAGCACGCACAAGAGCACCCAUGCUUCAGAAGCACGGCUGGUGCGACGCAAGUUCUUUUGUUAGAAGUACGUGCAUGCGGUUGGUCAGGAUGUUGGCCAGUGACAUGUAAUUCUCAAUAAAUUUGCAUUGGGCUGUAAAUAAUUUUAAUCAAUAUACUUCAGUUUAACCUAGGUGUAUGUCAGAUUACUCAUCUUGAAAUUCUUUUCUUUAAACAUUUGAAAACUGGAGCAAUUUUCCAUGUCCUGUAAUUUACAAUUAGAGCACAAGUCCACACUAAUAGUAGAAUUAUAAACACUGGGCAGCAUGCAGACUAGAUUGUCACAAUGAAGCACCAUUGAAAUCAGUGAGACAAGUCAGUCAUGACUAACUUAAAUCCCAUUGAUUUUAGAACUUAUCACGACUGACUUAGUCUGGAUGUUGCCCAGUCUAUAAAUUAUAGCAAAUGCACACUUGCAUUUCAUUUGCUGCACAGUGUAUAGCUUCAUGGUGAUUUCUUGAAGAGGAUUAUAUUUUUCUUAUGCAGUAUAUCAGUAUAUCGCACCCCUGAAGAUGGCAAGAAAGAACAAAGCACAAGUGCCCCAAAUAGAAAAGUCUGUUGUGGCAGCUUCCUCCCCACAGAUACCUGUUCUACAGUGGAGAUGUAUGAAACUGUAAGCAACUGCUCAGAGAACCAAGAAUUUAUAACGCAUUAGUAUGCAGUCUGGCAGGCAUCUUUCCUUUCUCUCUCGCUCAGGCUGUAGCAACAGAGGCAUGAUCAUAUCAACAGGCCAAAUGCAGUGGCAAGGAGGGCCUGUAUUUUGCCAGGCUGUUGUGAGGCUUGUCACCAUACAUCCCCCUUGCCCUCACUCCGCCCACUUCAGAAAUAGCCUGGUGCAGUGCUGGCAUCACACUGAGUAGAUUGUGUGAGGGAGUUUGAAGAGGUGAAUUGCAUGAAAAGAGGAGGAUGCCAUUUCUCCCAGGCAUAAAAACUGUAUUCAUAAAUUGUGUUCCACAUUCGUACAGGUGUACACAGGUACAAAUCUGCAUAUAUAUAUAUAUAUAAUCAUUCACACAUUAUAUUGACAACAGAUACUACAGCAUACUUCCUAUCCAUAACAUGCAUUUGAGGGGUCUGUAUCCAGGCUCACUUUUAAAAUGAAUUGGGUACAGUCAAUCACACAAAACUAUGUAUGAGUGUACAGACAUCUAUAUACUUGUACAAUAUAAUGUCUGAAUAGGGCUAAAGAGAAACUGGGCAUGGCCAAAGGACAAUGCCUACUUCUCUCAGCAUACAUAGCCUCUCCUUGGGGUGGUAAAGUCACAGUGUGUCAGGAGCUCAAAGCACACUAGCUCCCCAUUUUAUAGCUAUGAUGUCCAAACCAUUUACAUUUGCUACUGAAGGAGGAAUAUGAUAGUUCAGAAGAUAGUUCACUGGCCAGAACUCGUCUUGUUUCAUUUGUGCUGUUUGCCUUUAGUUGCUAUAUGAGAGGAUGUGGAUAUAAUAGAUAUUUCUUGCUUGAGAGAGUUAAUUUUGUAAGGGAGCUGAUUUAUGAUGUGAGUGCAUUUUAAUGCCUGGAGUGUUCUCUCUUAGGCCAAGUGGCUGGAGUAGAUGGCCUUGCACUUCUUCCCUGUACCACAGUUAAGUAUAGCACUUUCAUGGCAGAUUCCUUUUGUGGUAUUAAACUUUAAAGGUUCAUGGAAUUGUAGAACCCUGAAAGUAUUGCUUGCUGUCCUGAGUAUGGGAUACGGCAUUACUAGGAAAGAAAGUUCUGCAUAUAGUUGUGAUGGAAAUUGCUUCACGUUAUUCUUUUUCUCUAAUAGGAUGUGGAAUCAGUCCUUUACAGUGCUAUCCCCUUACAACAUUAAACACAUAAUAGGUAUAGAAACAAACAAGUUACAUCCUUUACCCAACAGUAUGACUGUCUCUUCAACAGACCUCUUACAGUUUGUCUCCUGAAAUGCAAAUAUGACAACUAGAAUUAUUUGCAUUAAAAUUCCCUCUUCGUACAUUGUCACAGGGUUAAAUCCUUCUCUGAAAUGUGUUUUUUGUAAUGCUGUCUUUGAAACCAAGUGUAUGUCUGACCUAUUCUGUUCUCAGAAGCUUUAGAUUGCAAUAAAUAUGAUUCCAAUGAAGAAAAGUAAAAUUCUAGUGUGUGAGAGAAGAAAGUCCCCUCUGUGUGGUGGAGAGGGGUUUCUGUUACAGCAGAUGAGAGUUCUGUAUGAGAACAGGACCAAACAUCACACACUAGGUCAAGAGAACAGUGUGGACUAGGGUUUCUUUUUUCCUUAAUAGGGGUGGGGAGCCCAAUCCACAUGACUACCACUGCAGGGGGCAUUAACCCUUUGCAUCUCCCAUGGUCCACUCCACCCCCUGCCCUGCCCCAGCUGCUAUUUGUUCUGGUAAGAAAGCUUCCAUUGACAGUUUUGACAGCUUUCCGGGAUCCAGAUUAGGACCGUGGUGGGGCAAAGAGUUAAAGCCCCCAUGCACCAUGAUCCUAAUGCAGAUUCACCACCCACAGACCUAUGGCAGUUCUUAUCUUUUAAAAAAAAGAAGCACAUCCAUACUAAUGAUACACUUAACACAUAUAGUUUGGCCUCAAAUGGCCUAUGAAUUGUCUACUAAGCAGCCCUCUCCAAUUUUCCCAACCAUUUUUCUGUCAUCAUUUAAACUGACAACUCAGAGAUCUAGAGGUGAAAUCUGACUAAAUGUAGCAAAAGCAUCUGGAAUCAGUUCUGUAAGACAAAACCAAAAAUGUUGACAAUUAGGCAAUAUUUCCACUUACGUAUUUCUGGGUAUUUUGGGUGUUCACUGAAUAAUCUUUUUAAAUGCCUGAUGUUAGAGGACUUUUGUGAUACCAGUUUUCAUAAAUCUGUUGAGUCUGAUAAAUAUUUUAAGUCCUUAUAAUAGGUGUCUAGUGUAUAUAGAUGGACCAAAACACAGUCACAGACAGACACACACACACACCCCUGGUCUCCUGAAAUGACUAGGAUUGGUCUUUUUGCCUCAAAUAUUGUUAAUAAUUUUUUUUAAAUGGCUUACUUGAUACACAGCAUUUACAGAGUCAUAAUGGUGUACCUCAGUGCUGCUGUAGACUUCAGAGGCAGCCCCGACACUGUUCUGAAGCAGCGUUUCCACACGCAAUGGUUCUGCAGUUUCCCCGAUUGUUACAAAUGGAAGGAACUGUGGUUGCGCUACUUGCACAGCCACUCUUUCAGAAGAGCGUCAGGGAUACCUUAGAAGUCUGCAACAGCCCCGAGGCACAGUGUUAAUAGCUCCAUAACGCUGCACAGCCUGCAAGACACUAUCUCCGAUAGUGUUUCAGAGCAUUUUGUUUUUCUCUUACCCUUUUCACCAGUGGGGAAAAACCCAAUAUUUCCAUGUUAGAUAAGCCAGCAAAAUGAAUGAAGUUACAACAAUGAUGACAAACAAUAUGAUCUUAACUUUAACACUUAUUGCUCCUUCUAUUGCACUAAUGUUUGAAAUUGCUAUUUAAGCAUAAAAUAGUUGACUGCAAUUUUAUUUGCUUCUUGAAUUUCUUCCUGAUGGUCUGUAACCCCUAGUUUUAUAUUUUUGAUAGGGUUUUAAAACAAAAAAACCCCUCUUCUCUUUAUUUAUGAAAAAACCCAAUAUGAAACCCAAGAAAGAGAUAAGAAUUUUAUAUUAGGAAUGAACAGAUCUGUGUGAGGCCGAGACAACCGGACUUUGAAAAUAUUUGUGUAUAGACUCGUGUAAGAUUAUAAAGAUAUCUAUGUAUGUCUAUGUGUUUGUAUCAUGGAAUGGUACUUGGAUUUUCCUGAACAAGUGGUUUUAACACAUGUAGCAUCAAUUUGGCACUGUUUCCAGCUGAAGUAAACGGGGGAGGGGGGGAGGUGAUAAAAAUCAUUACCACUCUCCCAAACAAAUCAUUUUUACAUUUUAAAAAGUAAACCACACAGUUAUUUAGGUAAAAAAAAAUCUGUAUGUAUCCUUUUUUAUAUAAAAAAGCACUUUCAUAUUAACAUAGCAUGUGGAUGAAUUUUAGAUUUUCAUAUUUGUUCUGGUCUGUAGCAGGAGUGGGGUAAAAUUUACUUGUUAUUGUCUGUCCAUGGAUAAUCUGACUAUACAAAUGAUGACUCCAAGCACCUUAUACUAUUGCUGCUUCGCUUGUAAUUGCACCUUUUGUUAUUGGCACACUUUUUUAUUGAACAUUUGUGUGGUAACAUUCGCUUUCUGUCAGAUUAAAUAUUUGACUUGCAGUAUCACCCACUUGAUUUAUAUUUCAACUUUACAUUAUAAUUGUGAAUACAGUACUUCAGAAAUAAAAGCUACUUCCAUUUGUCUA